AAUUUAACGACGUUUUAAUUACAAUUUUGUACACACGUUAAGCGCAUGUUUCACGUACGAGGAGCUCAGUGGAAAAGUAGCGUAAGUUUAUUGUCCCCGAAAAGCAGCUCUCUAUGCGUUGCAUUGUAAUUGUUUUAACGUUUGAAAGAAUCCACAUUAGAAUUUAACUUUAUGCAUGAUUUUUUCAAACUAAAGAUUUUGUUCAUUUGUACUUAUCAUUUUCCUGCUCAACUUCUCAUCUAUAAAUAGCGAUAAAACUACAUAUUCGAUCGUAAUAUCAGUCACAUUGUUUUAUAUCUUAGAUUAUAAUGAAAAUAAUAAUAAUAACAUGAAAAAGACAGUAAAGAUAGUAAAUAAACUUCAUGAAACAUUUAUUUUCGUCUAGAUGUUGGUUGCAGCAUUGACUACAAACUUAACCACACGUGCUAUCUGGGUUCCACUCAUGCACGUUAUCUAUUGUUUAACCCAAGAAUCCAGUAAAUGUGUGAGUUUGUUAACAUAAAAGUUAUUUGUUAUUAAAAUUCUCUGGAACUAGGCAACGUUCGAAAUGUUUGUCGUAUCUAUGUAAUCUCCCUAGUUUAUGCAUCUGUAUCGCAAAAAUAAAUUGCUUUUUCAGUUGCUAUGGUUGAACACAGUAUUGGGAUUAAGUCGCUACUCGUUUUUAACUGAAUUUGCAUAUUAUAUGGCGAAAGAUUGUGCUGCAACGCAUAUGGCUUUCUGCAUGUCCGUAUUGUCGUUUGUUUGGAUGCUGGAUGCCACCGAAUCCUUGGACGCGAUUUUGGACACUUGGGCCAAGUAGUGAACCAGUAAUGUUUAGUUUUAUAAGACACUUAUGUCGUAGAACGAUUUAAACAUAAACUUUCACAGUUAAAUGACGAAAUAAUUAUUUAGUACAGGUAUUUAACUGAACUACAAUUUAGAAAUCCAGACAAUCUAAUGAAUUUAAAUAAUUAAAAUUAUCGUGAACCGUACACGGUCCAGUAAUUUUCUUCUUUUUUCCUUUUUAUGCGAUUCUUCUUUUCGUUUCUCAAAUUGAAACUUUACGCGUUAAAUUUCCAGGAAAAGAAGUUUCAACAGUGUACGGUAUUAAUCCAAUCUUUAUCAUAUUUUAUUAGGAAUAUUAUUUGUCAUUGUACAAUAGUUAUUCUGGCUUACUAGGAGGAACGAUUAAUACACGUUGACACAGUUCUAUAAGUUUCUUAGAAUUAGUCAGAAACUCCUUAGUUUACGAAAUUAAAAAUUAAUCAGCGCGAGUCAAUUUUAUUUAAAUCUGCAAAUAUAAAUGUAACACGAUGUAUUUCGAAUACAAAGAGGAGAAUUUAAAACGUGUCCCGAUAUCGCGUACUCGAAAGUCUACACUGUAAAGUUGUCAACAAUUUUUCCGAUAGGAAUAAUUUAAUCGUAAUGAUCAUACGUCGUUUGUACUUAGGGAAAGAACUAAUGGACUAUUGGCUCUCUGUAAAUGUAAAAGGAAAAGGAUCAGUUUCGCAAAUCCAGAAGUGACAGAUUGGUUUGUAUAUAAAUUUAUGUGCAGCACAGAUUCCUUAAGUAAAUACAAGCAACCAGACAUGUAACUUAUUGAAUUUCGUUGUUUUGUAUUCGCCUAUUGUAUAACUUUUUACAUUUAUCGAUGUACGUGUAUAUUUCUAAUAAAGUCCAUUUUUUCAUACUGAAAUUUUAAUAAUUUCUCAUGAAUCGUACCACAUAUAAUGCUUCUUAUCCGUAUUUAAAAUACUCCUGAUAAAUUUAUAUCGCCAUAUCAAAGGUUAAACAUUUUUACGAUUAUUACAUUCACAGUUUUAUUUAAGUGGAAUGAAUAUUUAAAGAUCAAAGCUGCCAUCUGUUUUUUUCGAUUAUCGAACACCGAUAAUCGAAAGGUGAUUCGUACAAUACGUCUUGUAGAUUAAUUUGUGAAAUACGUUUUAACGGGUUCUUUUUAAUAAUCUAUUUGAAAUAUUUAUUUUGAGAAAGAGAACUAGAAAUAGAAAAUGGCAAAGUUGCUUCAUACCAUUUGGGCGCUCUUGCUAAAUAUUUUCGGACUUCAGAUUUUCCGAACAUGUUUCGCCAAUGCUAUGGAAGACGAAGAUUGCGAAUCGCUUUUAUCAGGACCACCGUUUAGUUCGGUUUUCUUCAGCAUUGGUAUAUACGUUAUUAUCGUAAAUUCUACACUCUUUCCACGAUCUUUUCACGCACCAAAAAUCGUUUUUCUGAUACUGUACGAGUUUUUAGCCACUGCAUUUAUCUUGGAAUUCGCAUUGGCCUGUAUUUGGACACCGAUAGACGUCCUCUUAUCGACAACGUUACCGUCCUGUAUCUGUUAUGUAAUAUUACGAUUCAAUAUUCCAUACGAUAUUAGGAAAAGAGUAACAUCUUAGAAAUGUCAUAAACAUAAUGAUUUAAAUAGGUUAAAAAUAAUUGAAACGAAUGUACACUUUACAAAAUUAGAUGGAUAUUUACGAGAAUUUAUUUGAUUUUUAAAAAAUAGACACUUCGACGGUUUGGAUUGGAAGAUGCAGCGGUUUCGUUUUUAACAAAUAAAUCUUGGACCAUCGUUCUAACUUACACCGCGUCAAUUACGUUUCUUAUACUUACGCUUCACGUUGUGGAUGCCGUGGAUUAUAUUAUUCUCAGGUACAAUUUUCAUUUAUAAUUACGACCAAGUUAAACCGAUUAAGUUCAUUAUAUCCAAUUGAUCGAUUUGUUCGAUUCAUUUGCUUCGUUUACUCGGUCUACCUUGACUUUUUAAUUUCUCUGAUUUUUCAAGUUUCCUUUAUUUGAUCUGUGUUGCGAUUCCCAUACAUUUUUCCCACUAUUUUUCUACAUUUUCUUAUUUCUCUAGUCUUGUUUCCGAAUUGUCUGUAUAAUAUCCUCAAUUUAUCCGGGUCUUCGCUAAUCAGAAAUAUAAACCUUCUUAAAUAUAAGAACUCUUAAGAAAUUUCUUAACGUACAAUUUCCUCGCACUCCGUAUAAGACAGAAAAUUUAUUGAAGUUAGUAUAUAAAUCUUAUUUUAUCGAUAGUAUUUCUACAUAUAUUUCGUUCUAAUUAAACUGGUUUAAUAUCGAAAUGAAAAAUCGAUUAGAGUCGCUGUAGGAUCGAAUUGCUUUAGAACUAUGAGACGAUCUUUCGUCGUGUGUGGAUUGUUAAUAAUAAAAGUAACUCGUACAACGAAAUUUUCUGUUCUAAUGUUUCUGUGAAAAAAGAAAGAAAGAAAAAAAGAAAUGAUCAGUAAAUGUAGUUAAAAUACAAUGUUAUACGUACGUAACGUCGAAUGUGAGAGGAUCGAGAAAAAUUUGCAAAAAUAUAACGAAUGACAUAUUGCUGGAUUAAAUAUAUCACUUUAAAAUUGAAUCUGUUUUUCUAUAGAGAUUAUGGAAUAACGUAUUUCUUAACUCACGUUCGAGAGAAAUUAUGGGCAAGAGUGGAACAAGAAUUUCCAUUUUUAAUCGAAGAAACCAAAGCGUGCCGUUGUAAAGUUCGUAGGAGAAGCAGUAAAAGAAGUAAUAGUAAAAGUGGCGUUAAUAGCAGUAGAUAAUUUUAAUAAUUAAUGUUUUGAACGAAGUCACUCUAAGAGAGGGAACUGUAAGAAAUAUUUUUAGAAUUAUAAAGCAUAUUAAACGAUAAAUCAAUCAUUCGAAUAUAUUACGCUUAUUGACGUAAUUUCAACCGGUUCUUGACUCUUAACUACAUCCUUUCACUCAUCUUCUCGUCAUACUUAUCUUUCACAGUCAUAUCCUCUAAACUUUUCCUCUAAACACGCAUUUUCGCUGAUAGUAAUUUAUUUUCAAAAUGAACAGUUAAACAGUUGCACUGAAACAUCGCAAUAGUUAAAUAUCCGUACGAUAUUAAAUGUUUGUACAUCGCUAGCUUAUUUUGUUUUCAUUAUUUUUGCACGCUAUUGUACGUCUAUCUUCAGAGACGACGAUUUAAGCAAUUUUUCGAACUUAUGCACAGUAUAGGAAAAACAUUGUUCGAAAUGAAAAACGAUGUAUUUCAGACGUGAAAAAAAAAAAUUAAAUAUUUGCGAGUGCAAGUAUUCGUAAAGAAUAUUCUUUGUGUCGAAUAAAUCUAUUCCUUCCUCGUACUUUUUCAUGCUCGAUCACUGCUAUUUCUUUGGAAUUUAUGGAAUUUAUCUUCCAUGAGGAUGAUCACAAGGUAACGUUAGUUAGCGAUUUCUGCAAAGCAAGCUACCGAAGCGUCCUGUUUUGCGACCAAGUUUUUCAGGACAGAAAAAAAAUAAAAAAAUAAAAAAAAAUAAAUAAAAAAAAA